AUGCCUAGUCCUUUUACAGCGAUUGGUAGAUUCACUGACAAGCCUUCCUUCCUAUAUUGGCAUAAAACACGCGGUCUCCCGCUCCCUCCUGGACCAAACGGAAGCCUUUUUGUCGGAAAUCUAUCCGACUUGCCAAAGUCAGAGGAGCCGGAAGCUCUACAUUGGCUGAGGCACAAAGAUCUAUACGGACCUAUAAGCUCCGUCACGGUAAUGGGCCAUGUAUUCGUUAUAAUAAAUAACGCCCAAAUUGCAUUUGAGCUUCUCGAGAAACGUUCUGCGAUUUAUUCAUCGCGGCCAAAACAGGUGUUCGCGGGUGAACUGCUCGGAUGGGAAAACGCCGUUGCCCUUCUACCAUACUCUACCCAGUUACGGACUCAUCGGCGGAACGCAUCCCGGCUUCUUGGAUCCAGGAUAAAAGUGACAGACACGCCGCUGCGGUCUCUGCAGGAGGCAGAAUGUGGCCAUUUUUUACUUCACGUGUUAAAAGACCCAAGUGGAUUGGUGAAAUAUGUUCGACGAGAAGCAGGCGCCGUGAUCAUGAAGAGUAUAUACGGUUACACAAUUGAAUCCCACGGAAUAGAUCCUCUUGUUGCCGGGGCUGAGCAAAUCGGGAUUGAAUUUGCGCAGGCGGCUGUCCCGGGCUGCUGGGUAGUUGAUAUGCUUCCUUUCUUGAAGUGGCUACCGGACUGGUGUCCUGGAGCCAAAUUUAAGCAGUCUGGUCGGAAAUGGCGUCGCAAUUUAAUGGAAUUUACCGAGACGCCUCAUGCCUUCGUCAAAGCGCAAAUUUCCCACGGUAGGCACACCCCAUCUCUCCUUUCUGGACUCCUAGAGCAGAAGAACCUCAGUCCGGAGGACGAAGACUUUCAUAAAUGGACGGCUUUAUCGAUCUACGCGGCUGGAGCGGAUACCGUAGUUUCAGCUAUAGCAUCGUUUUUCCUCGCCAUGCAGAUAUAUCCAGAAGUCCAGCACAAAGCACAGGAAGAAAUCGACCGCGUUGUUGGACCCGAACGUCUUCCAAAUUCCAAAGACCGCGAGAACCUACCCUAUAUAGACGCACUCGUUAAGGAGACCCUGCGAUGGAAGCCCGUCGCACCGAUGGGUCUGCCGCAUACCAGCACAGCCGAUGACAUUUUCGAGGGAUAUUCCAUUCCUCGGGGGGCGACAUUGUUGCCUAAUGUUUGGUCUGUAACCCUCUUAUCCCCCCUUGCCUUAUAUCCGUCGUCUAAUGAAGUGAAUAGGUUCUUUACCCACGAUCCAGCAACUUACUCCGAUCCAAUGACCUUCAAUCCUGACCGCUUCCUAUCAUCCGACAAGAACCUAACUCCAGAGUUUGAUCCGCAUCGCUUCGCCUUCGGGUUCGGACGACGCGUGUGUCCAGGCCGCUUUCUCGCCGACUCGAUGAUCUUCCUGACCAUAGCACAGUCACUGGCAGUGUUCAAUAUCAGGAAGGCGAGAACGACCGACACCGGGGUGGAGAUUGAACCCGAUAUAGGGUUCAAGCCUGGGGUCGUUAGCCAUCCGGCACCGUUUAGCGCGAGGGUCACGCCACGUAGCGAGAAACACGAGCAGCUGGUUAGGGAUGUUGAGAAGGUGUUUCCGUGGGAAAAGAGUGAUGCGGAUAAAUUGGAUGGGAGAUGGAGUUUACAUCGGCGUGGCAGAGAACAAGAGGCUUGUGGGGAGGUUUGACGGUUUGUGAGCGAGAUGAUUAGACAGACAUUGAGCUAAAGCUUCGGUAUACGAUGAUGGCAUGAAAAGAGACACAUAACAAAUCAUGACAAGAUUUGUCUUUGUUCAACUCCUCGGGUCCGGAGUCCGUCUUGGCGGGUUUUGUACGACAUUUCAGGCUGUCUGCUGACUCCCCAUGUUUGUCGUCCGGACUCUAUCGAUUUACACUGCAACAUCAGUCAAGUUCAAUAUCUUCCGGUUUUCCAAAUGGCCCCUCAAACCAUCCCCCAAAGACUAGAGACAGUCAAACGCGUCCAAAGAAUCAUGGCCCUCGGAUACUCGAGCAUGGGCGCAUGGUGAGCUCUCCUCCCCAGGGAAGCAACAUCGCGUGAAAUAAUUGCUCUAGCUCAAAUCUACAUCAUCUAGGUGUCUGUUGCAUCCAACGUCCGUAAUCCAUCUCUGCCUUACCGCAGCGUACAUCUCCACAGAUCGCACAACACUGCUUCUUAUGCG